AUGCUACGUCGAUCUGUGUUAAAACCUUCAAUUUUCAGUCAAAGGAAAUUUUCUUCCAUAGCAUUUACCAGACCUGUUACUAUAACGUCUACUUUCAAGACAAGGCACUUCGCUCUUCAAUAUUCCACCUUUAAUGCACAGCAAAAUAACUCUAACAACCAACAUAAGAACACCAAAAAGAUUCCAUUAUGGCCCCGGAUUAAAGCUUUCACUUCCUUUACCGUAUCUGGGAUCUUGGUAGUGGGUGCUACCGGUCUAGCGGGUAUUGUUAUUUAUUUGAUUGGCGCAGAGUUGUUUUCUCCCUCAGGGGACACCCAGAUCUUCAACCGUGCCGUAACAAAGGUUGAAAAUGAUGAAACAGCUAGAAAACUACUCCAGUGCAACGAUACAGCAACUUCUAAGGAAAGAUUAAAGGCAUAUGGGGAAAUUCUAACUGAUGAUAAAUGGACAAGGAAUAGACCAAUUUCAUCUACCAAAAAAAUCGAUAAAGAGGGUAAAGAACAUUAUUUCAUGAGAUUUCAUGUAGAAUCAAAGCAGAAGAUGGGGAUGGUUCACGUCGAAGCAAAAGAAUCUGAUGUCAACUAUCAACCAGACUUUGUCUCUAUGUAUCUUGAUAUUCCAGGUGAAAAACGUCAUUAUCUCAUCAAACCGCAUUUAAAUAUCAUCACUAGACCAAAAGGGUUUUUGGGGGUUAAUUGGGGACCUAAAAAGAAUUAG